AUGGAGUUUGGCCUGCUCAGCGAGGCGGAGGCCCGGAGCCCGGCCCUGUCUCUGUCAGAUGCAGGCACUCCCCACCCGCCACUCCCAGAACACGGCUGCAAGGGCCAAGAACACAGCGACUCGGAGAAGGCCUCGGCUUCGCUGCCCGGCGGCUCCCCUGAAGACGGCUCGCUGAAGAAGAAGCAGCGGCGGCAGCGUACGCACUUCACCAGCCAGCAGCUGCAGGAGCUGGAGGCGACCUUCCAGAGGAACCGCUACCCUGACAUGAGUACGCGCGAAGAGAUCGCCGUGUGGACCAACCUCACCGAGGCCCGCGUGCGGGUGUGGUUCAAGAACCGGCGCGCUAAGUGGCGAAAGCGCGAGCGCAGCCAGCAGGCGGAGCUGUGCAAAGGCGGCUUCGCGGCGCCGCUCGGGGGGCUGGUGCCUCCCUACGAGGAGGUGUACCCAGGCUACUCGUACGGCAACUGGCCACCCAAGGCGCUCGGCCCGCCGCUCACUGCCAAAACCUUCCCAUUCGCCUUCAACUCGGUCAACGUGGGGCCUCUGGCUUCCCAGCCGGUCUUCUCGCCACCCAGCUCCAUCGCUGCCUCCAUGGUGCCCUCCGCCGCGGCCUCCCCGGGCACCGUGCCGGGGCCCGGGGCUCUACAGGGCCUGGGAGGGGGGCCCCCCGGGCUUGCUCCGGCCGCAGUGUCCUCCGGGGCAGUGUCCUGCCCUUACGCCUCGGCCGCCGCAGCAGCUGCUGCAGCCGCCUCCUCCCCCUACGUAUAUCGGGACCCAUGUAACUCGAGUCUGGCCAGCUUGAGGCUGAAGGCCAAACAGCACGCCUCAUUCAGCUAUCCUACUGUGCCAGGGCCAACCCCGGCCGCCAAUCUCAGUCCAUGCCAGUACGCUGUGGAACGGCCUGUAUGAGUGGCCCGGCCCGUCGAUCACCCCCGAGGGCGGGGGUGAUAGUUCACAGCCUUCCCGGACUGGGGUCGUCUUGACUGGCUUACCCCUACCCCGGGGUCUGAGAUGGAUGCUGGGGCAGCUAGUGGAGGGGCGGCCGGCUCAGGAGAGAGCCUUCCGCCUCCCAGCCCUGAGGGGUGGACUAGACCCUACACACAGUCCGCAGCCCUGGGCCUAAGGCCAAGAACAGGGACCAGUUCCCCGGGGGCCAACUCACCCUUGGCCCACUCCGCCUUCUCCAGAUUCCC